UUUCUACAUGUAAUCCUGUCUGGUCUCCAAAGACUUUGAGUGAAGAACUGCUUCAGUAUGUUCAAUCGGAGGGUAAAGCGCAACAACAGUCUACCUUUUAUUCAAACUAUGUAUCCCGUGAGGCUUUGGAUAAAGCACAGGGACAAUCAGUGGGCAAAGAUGUUGAGGAGAUUUAUCAACAGUCCAAUGGCCAUUCCACCAAUCAACAAUGGCUUUUUAAUUUGCCUAAUGGAGACCGAAACAGCACUGUCCCACGUCCUCAGAAACUGCCACCAGGUCUAUCAAUCCCCAACACAGGAAACUCCUACCUGUCACAGGUACAACAGAGCGGAUAUGACGACAUGCCAGCUGAGAAAAACAGAGGGAAUAGCCAGCCUAGCAACAAUUUAUCUGACCUCAGUAAUGUCUUUAGACUUCAAAGUGAAAUGAACAGCUCAUACUUUACUCCUUAUUACGAAAAGCAGUUCACCCAGAGCAGCACAAAACCCAUCAGUAAUGAGCAGUUUGGGACACAAGACAUUAACCAACUGGUCAGCAGUUUCCGGUCCUUGACGGCUGGUGAGCCUGAUAGCUUAUUUCGUGGAGACUUCACAAACAUUCACAGGCAGUCAGUGGGCAUGCAGCAUGAAGACAGUGUGGCUGAACAAUGGAACAUCUCUGGUCCUGAAAUGUCAACACAAAGUCAUCCUGCAAUGCAGAGUCAGAAGCAGCUGGUGGGAGCAUUUGGGACACAGCAGAUUGAAAUAAAUGGAGAAGUGAGGAAACAAACAUUUGAGCGUGAUGCCUUUCAAGAUCCACCUCGUUUCAGCCCACAAAACGCAGAGUACUACCUCCAAAACCAAAGCAACAUGACCCUUCACAGAGAGAACACGUCACUCCCCUUUAACAUGAGCAUGAACCAGUAUUCAAAGCAUCCUUUCCAGCAGGGCCCGAUACAGAACAAGCAACAGAUGCAGAGAGAAGAGAAUAGGAUGGAUAUGCCUCGCUUUCUAGGUAAAGGCUUCUCCACUAACACUAACAUGAGAGGGGGGGAUAGGAAGCAGGUCCUCUCACAUAAUCUAAGCCUUGAACACCUGGGGAGCAUGCAGUCUCGGAGAACUAAUGGAGAAAAUAGCAUGGUGAGUGGUGGGAACACACAGCAGCUCAGGCCUCCCAUGUAUCCUGUGCAUGACCCCAGAAGAUAUUCCAGCGUUCCCAUGAACGCCUCUCACUUCAGCCCCAAAUCCACACUGCCCUAUGGCAGCGGUGUGACAGCCAGGAAUGUGGGUGAUAGGAUGUCAGCCAGCGAGUCAGCAGUUUUCAACCCCUAUAUCAGUGAAAUGAUGACCUGCAGGGGAGAGAACACCUAUCAUGGCAUGGCCUCAGCCCUGACACCGUCAAUGGUGAUGAAUCAGGGACCUGUGAUCCAGCUUUACGUCUACGUGGACGAGUGCCAUGAGCAGUGGAGGUCUUUGGAGCGGGACAGAAAGAGGACAGAGGUAAUUCUUACCAAGGCAUUUCUUGGUAAAAGGACGGCGGCAGUUGUCAGCCCUAACCUCCCCAAAACUCCACCAAAUCCCACAAGAAUCGACCACCUCAUUGUUAAUCAGAUGAGAGAACAAGCAAGGGUGGCAAGCCUUCUGGAUAGGAUGGAGUUUCUGGGCAACACUGCCCUCCACAUGGACAUCCACACCGCCCUGAGCAGGCAUCAUAUGGCCAUUUGCAACACCCAGGCGAGGCACAAGGAGGAGCCAGCCAGCAAACACCAGCGGCAGAGAGCCCAUUUCACAGAGGAAACAGACACCCUGUUGAUGGUCAAUGCACUGGAAGACCUGGCUGCUGCCACGAGGAAGAUCCGCACCGCCCUGUGGUGUGCUCUCCAGCUGACACUGCCAAAGGCUGUCAAGAGUCCGGAGCCCGAAGUCAACAAGCAGGAGACGCACAGAGAGAGGGGCCCCUCUCCCUUUAAGGGAUACUCCUUUAAGUUAUAAUUUAGCAGGCAUCAAGCACAAGUUAAAAGUCACGAUUACAUUAUAACCACUCCAAUUGCCCCGAUUAUAAUAUUCCCAAAGGCAACUGGGUGUUACCUGGAAGUUUAUAGUGACAUGUUACCUGCAACAGAGUGAUCACUGCAAAAUAUGAGCUGAGCAGUUUGAAGCUCAAUGAUGGCGGCGCUGUUAGUGUCAGUUCAAGAUUUACAUGAAUCUUGCUCCAUCACCGUUGUAUUGAAAGACACUAUUUAUGAAUUCUUCAUUUUUAUUACUAAUUUAUUUAAAUGUAUAAUAACCUAAGUUCUGGUUAAUUCCAAGCAAUAAUUGAAUCAUAAGGGCAGUAGUCAACAUGCCUUAAUACAGUAUAAUCAGAACAAAUGUAUUUAUCUGCAAACUAUGCCAAAGAAGCUCAAACUUCAGAAAGCAAGGUUCAGUGUUUGAAAUUAAAAUGUAUAAUCACACUUUCCAUAAGAAACAAAACAAUAUUCCCAAUAUAAUGUUACGUUAAUAAUUCUCUGAAUUCUCUUUUCUUUGACGCAAUUCAUAUAAUUAGUUAAAUAUAAACAUGCUAAAUUAUAAAAUGUUUUCUGAAUGCUCCAAUUAAUCUCUUGACAUUUAUUUUUCUUGCGUUAUCUUAACACAUCAGAAUGUGUUUUAAACUUUUAACAAGAUACUGACAUUUGCAGCAUGUUAAAUGUAUAUGUACUAAUCACACUUUCCAGAUUCAUUCUUUUCAGAUAGUAUUAUUAAAUAUUCUCAUCAGUUUGACAGUUUGUCAGCAAGGAACCAAAGCUUGUAUCUUUUAUAAAAGUGACAAUUCUCUAGCAGCAUAAAUCCUCCCUGUGGAGGCUGUAUGAAUACGAGUUGUUCUAUUGUCAUUUUAAUGUUCGUGUUGGGAUUUUAACCGUUACUUGUUCUGUUAACCAACUCUUUAACAAUAAAGCAAUUCAAAUGG